AUGUGGCCAUCUAAAAGUGUCGAGAAAAAGCUACCUGAGGAUUUUGACUCCUUGGCAAAGAUGUUGGUAAGAGGAACGUAUAAACAGAUUGCUACUGCUGCUUGGAAAAAUGAAAAAUUGAGGAAAGAAUUCAUACAGCUAAUGGAAAAGGAAAUCAACAGAGAAUGCACACAACUAUGUUCGAAGAAAAAUCCCAGCAUUUUGAGGAUGACCAGUAAAGAGAGCAUUUUAACUCUUACAUUUGAGAAACUUUCUGGCAAACUUAGUAAGAGAGCACCCCUGUUUCAUUCGUUGUUAGUUGCUGCUUGUACCAACCCAAGAAGUAAAGCAACAGAACCUCAAAAUGAAUUUGCAUCAGUGGCUAUGGCAGGAGCUGUUUGUCUUCGCAGUCGGUCAAAGUUCAUGAUAGCUGCCCAACUAUUGAUAACCAUCUUUUUGUAUCAUGCAAAUUGGUUGGUAAGUCAUUAUUUAUUGUUAUAUCCCACCAAUUUUCUUCGUCUAAAUAGGAUGGUUUUGCUUAUCAAUUGGAACCCUUGGCAGUGGCGUCAUGGCGACGGGGGUGGCGGGUGCAUGGCCCAUUUUUUCAAGGGGGUGCCGAAAUCCAGUUGGAGUGCCAAAAUUGCCAAGAAGGAUUAGUAUUUAAUUCUAAAAUUUAAGUUUCUCAAUUAAAAUUCCUACAUGACAUGUGACAUGACCGUAUUACAUUCUUGUUGUUUGUUUACGGUUUUUGUUUAAAAUACAGCUUUGUUAGAAUACAUUUUUGUUAGAAAUUUGAUGCUCAAAAUGGAGGAAAUGGCACUUUCAGGCUUCAAAUUUCAGAAAGUUGCUGGGGAGCAUGCUCCCUAGUUGUACAAGAGCCAAUUUUUUUUUCAGGGGGGGGGAGGCACCAGUGUCAAAAUAACUGUGGGACAUCAAAUUUAACACUGCGCCCUGCCCCCCCUUGAGAUUUUGAAGCCACCACACCACUCACCCUUGAUAAUUAAUGGUUAUAAACCACAAUAUCUGCUCAGGACUCAUAUACAUAUAAAACUAUUAAAGAGCCGGUCAAGUCCGUUCUGAGCUAAUUGCAUCCUUCUUUAUUGGUAUUAAUUAAUAGUUUAAUAAUUUUCUAGUUUCUAAUAGGCAAAGCAUACAUUUACUAGUUUUGCAUAAUCUACACACCCAUUGUCUCAUUAAUGUUUGUGGCUGUUCAGAAAUAUUGGUCAAUUUUUGACAUCCCUACCCACCCCCACAUAAGAAUUAUGUGAUGCACUCCCAAAAAAUUAUUAUUAAGGUUAAUUUGAAAGUGUGCUGGAACAGCAUGGGUGAAUUUGCAGCAUAUAUAUUAAAUAUAUAUUACUUGUAUAUUACAGUAUUUCUCUUACUUUAAUUAUAGGCUAUGUUGGCACGAUUGUAUCCAUUGAGGCUAGUAACCAGCCACACCUUUCUAUACAAGAAACUCGAUGAAUAUGGAGCUGAUCAUGAUAAGGAAGUUCUGGACAGAGUUGCUGCACAGGGGUCAACUACUGGCACAAAAUCACUGUAAGAACCCAACUGAAGAAAAUCCUGAGGCAGAUCCAUUAGCUCAAGCUGUUGUUACACCUGAUUCUGGCAGAAAAAUUGUGUUUGACAAUAUCGAUUACAACCAGAAAGUUCACUACAUGACCGAACAACACCAGAAUGUUGACCAUUAUUAUGUAACAUACAUGAGUGUAGAGAACCGUGUAUCAGGGAACCAUUUAAGUGAUGAACUUCCAACAGGUGGAGUUAUGAAAAUGGAGAAUGGAAAAUGCAUUCCUAGUUCAGCUGAUAAU